AUGGUGUCGACUGGAGACGGCGCCACUGGCGCAAAUGCUGCCAAGAUGAAGAUAUUGCUCUUGGACAAUGAUACGGUCUCGGUCGUAUCAUCAGCAACAACGCAAUCCGCUCUCCUGAACCACCAGGUCUACCUGACGGAUCGCCUGGAUAACCACAACCGAGAAAAGAUGCGCCAUCUCCGCUGUCUCUGCUUUGUGCGCCCCUCUUCCGACAGCAUCCAAUUCUUGAUAGACGAGUUCCGCGAUCCAAAAUACGGCGAAUACCACAUUUACUUUAGCAACAUAGUCAAAAAGUCCUCCCUCGAACGUCUUGCCGAAGCCGACGAUCACGAAGUUGUGAAAGCCGUCCACGAAUGUUUCGCUGAUUACUUGGUUGUCAACCCGGACUUGACCUCACUCGCCCUCGAACAUCGCCUCUGGAGCUCCAGCCCGGACAUGUGGAACCAAGACUCGCUCUCCAGGGCCACGGAAGGCGUCAUUGCUCUACUCUUGUCUCUCAAGAAACGUCCCAUGAUCCGUUUUCAGAAAAACAGUCUGCUUGCCAAAAAGCUAGCUACAGAAGUCCGAUACCAGAUGACCCAAGAGGACCAACUAUUCGACUUUCGAAAGACCGAUACCGCUCCUAUUCUACUCAUCGUCGAUCGAAGGGAUGAUCCCGUCACUCCCUUGUUGACCCAAUGGACAUAUCAAGCCAUGGUGCAUGAGCUUCUGGGCAUAAAGAAUGGCAGGGUGAAUCUUAGCCAUGUGCCAGACGUUCGACCAGAGUUCAAGGAAAUAUUCAUCAGUCAAGACCAGGAUCCCUUCUUCAAGAAGAACAUGUAUCUCAACUUUGGCGAUCUUGGUCAGAAUGCCAAAGACUAUGUCGAGCAAUUCGCCUCAAAACAACAGUCAAGCCACAAGCUCGAGUCUAUUGAGGACAUGAAGCGUUUCGUAGAAGACUAUCCAGAAUUCCGCCGCCUUUCAGGCAACGUAACCAAGCAUGUAACCCUCGUCACAGAACUCAGCCGCAGAGUUGGCGAGGAAAAUUUGUUAGAUAUCAGCGAGCUGGAACAAAGUCUAGCUUGUAACGAGAACCAUUCAAACGACCUCAAAACGCUGCAGCGCCUCAUACAGGAUCCCAAGACACCCCCGGACAACAAACUUCGCUUGGUAGCCAUCUACGCCCUACGAUACGCCUCGCACCCUUCGAACUCGACGCCAGCACUCAUGGAUCUCCUUGCAGUAGCCGGUGGCCUCUCUCGCCAUCGUAUUAACCUAAUCCCUAAGCUCAUCACGUAUGCACACUCCUUGCAGUCUUUGCCGCAGACUGGUACCAUUCCGGAUCUCUUCCAACCGUCUUCGAUAUUCCAAGGCGCUCGAGAGCGCUUCAACAGAGGCCUUGGUGGCGUAGAGAACGUCUACACCCAGCACUCACCACGACUGGAGACAACGAUACAAGAUCUAAUUAAGGGCCGCCUCCGAGACAACCAGUAUCCUUUCGUGGAGGGCGGAGGCACUACAAGAGACAAACCUCAAGAUAUCAUUGUGUUUAUGAUCGGUGGUGCAACAUAUGAGGAAGCGAAGAUGGUCGCGCAGGUGAACGCUAGUAGUCCAGGAGUAAGAGUGGUUCUUGGAGGAACUUCGAUACACAACAGUGGAAGCUUCCUAGACGAGGUCGAAGAAGCAGUCGACAGCUGGCCAGAAGCACCACCGACCAGCGCAGCGGGCAGACUAAGAAAGGAAGUAGGCAGAGCUUGA